CAGUAAAGUUAGUUCUUGUAAAACCAUGCUGGAAAACUGUCGAUGGUUGUUAUACGCGUCGCGUUUCUACGGUUGUCAUCCACAUACAAUUAACGAGCGAUCGAUACUAAAACAUUUUCAUCUAUUGUUAGUGUAUUCGUUGACCAUGUGCAGCUUACAUUGCGUUAUGGCAUAUUAUGCAACUGAUGUUAGCAGCUGCAUUGCCAAAAACGCGAUGAUCGUAGGUUGUACUCUGCAACGUAUUAAUCAAUACAGCCAAAGUAUCUACAUAAUCUUGUCAAUAUUGUUAUCGUGUCUGCGACAUAUAGAAUUCGAACGUGCCGUUGCAGCCGCUUGUAAAUUUGACGACUUAACGCGGCAUUAUCAUUGGAGCAUUAAUAACGUACAAAUAAACCAUUAUACACAGUAUUUCUUUAUGAUGGUGAUCAUUAUUACUUGGAGUGUGUUUGGUGUAUUAAGGAAACUUGCCGUACCUCAAAUGGCUUUGCAUAUAAUUGUGAUACAAUGCAUAACACGCUCCACAUUUUCAAUAGAAAUCGCAAAAUUUUGCUUCUUAUAUAACGCAUUGCGACAUAGAUUUCAUCGCCUCAAUGGACUGUGUUGUGAACUGGCUGGGAUAGGUGUGAACAUUGAUAUCGGUGUAUCUGGACUACAUGCCAAGCGUCUUACACUUCCGAAUCUUCAACGAUUGCAUUGCUGUCUCACAAAUGCAACAAACUAUCUCACUUCUUAUUAUAAUAUACAGUUGCUUUGUUGGAUUUCAUGCUUGUUAAUAGAUAUUUUAACAUUCAUCUUUACUAUACUUUACGGAGUAAAUAACACGUUGCUAAUUUGCGUUCGAUGUAUUAUACUUGUGCAAUUAACACUUCAAAUUAUCGCUAUUAGUCGUGUUUCUCAUCUGACAUGCGAUCAGGCAAAUGCAUUAGCAGAGACAGUAUAUUCAGUACAAGCAUUCUCAUUUAAAUACAUCAAAUCCUGCACCGAAGCAAUCGAAUUAGGAGUGUUCCUUCGAACGCAUCCAUUACGUGUUAGAAUCUGUGACUUGUUUAAUUUGGACAGCCGAUUUAUAUUUUCGGUAAUGAUUAUACAGAAUUCGGACUUCGGUGUCGCUAUCCUCACUCCAGAUGCCCAAGCACCGCGAGAGACAGUGUGGACUAUGUCGGCAGAGCGGCCUAUCGCCAGAUACGGAACUGCCGCGUAGAGCAGAAACAUGCUUUAUUUGUUACAUUUGUAACAAUGAGAAAUAAAUUAUUAACAUAAAUUGUCGAACUUAAAACUUUGGCGUCUAUCUGUCAAAAUAGACGAUGCCCCAUCUGUCGAUAGGCCGGUCCACUAGCAUCAUCGGCACUAUCUUUUGCGGCGUUCAAGCGCCUGGUGGGGAUAGCGGCACCGAAGUUCGAACUCCGAUGCUUAACAUUCUUUAUGAUUUAUUUGCUUCUAUCAUGUUUUUUGUAUUUAUGUAAAUAUUACAAUUAGUUUGUUAUUUUUACGAAGAAUCUAAAAUUUUUUAAUUAUUUGUUUUUAUAAUCUGUCAAGAAAGAGCGUAAUUGGCAUAACUUUCAAAUUGUUACAAAAAUAUAAUAAGAAAUAUGUAUACAUAUAGUUCUUAAUUAGAAUUGGAAAGAAAACAUAAAGAAAUGUCCAUUUCA